GGUGGAAAUGCUAAGUAGUGUAAAAAGAGAAACGAAAAGAUAUAUAAAACCCUAAAAAGCCUUUAUAACUCCAUGCGACGAGCACCAGAUAAACAAAGCAACCUAUAGCGAUUUGCAUAAAACACCGAUUUGCGAUUUCAGUCCCUAUUAAAUUUCCGAAAACAAAAAAUGGCGAAUGCUGGUGAUGUGGACGCACUGGAUUUCGAGCCCGAUGAGGAUGAUCUUAUGGUGAUGGACGAAGACGCCGCCGUUGACGUGGAUCCAUCUUCACCUAGCGCCGCCGCCGCUCAUAUCCCUAAACUUAAAUCUGCUAUCACCGGUGGAUCUGCCGCCGCUCCUAAGAAAACUAAAGGCCGUGGCUUUCGUGAAGAAACUGAUGCUGAGCGUAUGAAUCGUAUGUCUGGCCGUUUCGAUUCUCUCGAUUCCGAUGGCGGCCCCGGUCCUGAACGAUCAAUUGAAGGGUGGAUUAUUCUUGUUACUGGAGUGCAUGAGGAAGCACAAGAGGAUGACUUACAAAAUGCAUUUGGAGAGUAUGGGGAGAUCAAGAACUUGCAUUUAAAUCUUGAUCGCCGAACUGGAUUUGUUAAGGGCUAUGCACUUAUUGAAUAUGAAAAUUAUGAGGAGGCAGAGAAAGCUAUAGCCUCAAUGGAUGGAGGAGAACUUCUCACUCAAAUAGUCCAUGUUGACUGGGCAUUCAGCAGGGGUCCUUUUAAAAGGAGAAAUAACAGAAGGAGAUCACCUCGUCGGUCUAGAAGUCCCCGGAGAAGAUUUUGAAUUGGUCUGCUUCAGAAGCAUACAUGGUGCUGUUUCGAUCGUGGUUGUUCCUUGGUUGACGCUUGUAGUAUGUACUAUCAAAAUGCGUAUGCGGAGGAAUUUAUUUUCCUAAACUUUUAGCCUUUACAGAAUUUCUUAGUUAUGUAAUUUAACCCUUGUGAACCAUUCUCCAACUGCAACUGCCUACUGUUCUGUAUUUCAUAUGAUUUUGUUAUAUUGCUUUUGGCAACACCA